UCCUCUAGAGAGCAAACCAUGGCCUCAAUGCUGCUAUUCCUUGCACUUCUCCAUUUCUUCCCAGUUGGUGUGGCAGGACUGGAAAGCCAAACCAGCGCAGAAGCAGAGAUUGUGUUUCUAGUGGAUGGUUCGUGGAGUAUCGGUCGACCUAAUUUCAGAGCAAUGCGCCAUUUCCUGGGCAGUGUUGUUGACGCCUUUGAUAUCGGUCCUGAUAAAGUGCAGAUUGCGGUGGCCCAGUAUUCCGGAGAUCCGAGAACGGAAUGGCACCUCAAUUCGUACAGCACCAAACAGACUUUAAUGGAUGCAAUCGCCAGGUUACCAUACAAAGGAGGCAACACCCUGACAGGAACGGCUUUGAACUUCACCUUAAGCAACCACUUCAACGCACAAGCUGGUCUGAGGCCUGGAGCUCACAAAAUUGUUGUUCUCAUCACUGACGGCAAAUCUCAGGAUGAUGUUAAGGCUCCAACUGCAAGAGUGAAGGAAGCAGGUGUAGAGCUCUUUGCUGUCGGUAUUAAGAAUCAUGAUGUAACUGAACUGCGUGAGAUUUCAUCAGACCCAGCUGAGACUCAUGUUUACAGUGUUCGAGAUUUCAGCCUUCUUGGCGAUAUUGUGGAUGACCUCACUAAUAAUUUGCGCAACAGCAUAAAAGAGUGA